AGAGCCACCUCCAAGCCACGGCUCACACAAAGUUAGCACCCAUCCUCACUCGCCUGCUGGUGGUUAUAACCAACCAACCAACCUCCUCCGCUCACUCAAACCUCCUUCCUCUGUUUAGUUACUACUCGGCCACCAUGAAGUUUAUGAAACUUGGCACCAGGCCCGACACCUUCUUCUCCUCCUCCGACUCCGAGAGGUCCGUGUACACGGAGGUGGCCACUGACCUGCAGAUCCUGGUGGGCAAAUGCCUCUAUCAUCUCCACAAGUUUCCUCUGCUCUCCAAAUGCCUGCUUCUGCAAGCGCUCUGUGCCGAGUCCGGCUGCGGCGGCGACGGCGACGUCAUCGAGCUCGCGGGCUUCCCGGGCGGCGCCGAGGCGUUCGAGGUCUGCGCCAAGUUCUGCUACGGCAUCACAAUCACCGUCAGCGCACGCAAACUCGUCCCGCUCCGCUGCGCGGCCGCUCACCUCGGCAUGUCCGAGGCCGCCGACCGCGGGAACCUCGUGGCCAAGCUCGACUCCUUCCUCGCCUCUUGCCUCCUCCGCCGCUGGAAGGACGCGCUCGCCGUGCUCCACUCCACGCGCCACAACGUGCCGCUGUGCGAGGAGCUCGGCCUCACCUCCCGCUGCGUGGACGCCGUCGCCGACCUCAUCGCCAACCCUGCCGUCGCCGUUGUCCCCGCCAAAUCCACGUCCGCGUCCCCCUGGUGGGCGCACGACGUCGCGGAGCUCGGCGUUGAUAUGUUCUGGCGUAUCAUGGUGGCCGUGAAAUCGACCGGCGCCGUCAACGAGAAGACCAUCGGCGACGCGCUCAAGACGUACGCGCGCCGGUGGCUGCCCAACGUUGCCAAGGACGGGCUCGCCGCGGAGCAGCCGUUCGACCACGCCGUCGGCGCCAGCGUGAAGCAGAUCACCACGAGGCACCGCCUCCUCCUGGAGAAGAUCGUGAGCCUUCUCCCGGUGGACAAGGACGCCGUCUCCUGCGCCUUUCUCCUCAAGCUCCUCAAGGCGGCCAACAUCCUGAGCGCGUCCCCCGCGUCCAAGGCAGAGCUGGUGAGGAGGGUGGCAUGGCAGCUCGAGGAGGCCAGCGUGAGCGACCUGCUCAUCCCGUCAGUGUCCUGCAUGAGCGACAUGCUGUACGACGUGGACGCCGUGGCGGCCAUCCUCCACGAGUUCGCACUGCGGCACGCGGCGGCCACCGCGCCGGCGAGGAGCCCCGACGACAACAGCCCGGGACGGUCGGACGGGCACCGGCGGUCGAGAUCCGACGAGAGCGUGGGGUUCGACGGCGCGCGACGGUCGUCGUCGGCCGCGCCGGUGUCGCAGUACGCGUUGGCGAGGGUGGGCAGGCUAGUGGACACGUUCCUGAUGGAGGUGGCCAAGGAUCCCCACCUGCCGGUGGAGAAACUGCUCGCGAUUGCCGAGGCCGUGCCUGACAGCGCUCGCCCGGAGCACGACGGGCUCUACAAAGUCGUCGACUCGUACCUGAAGGCGCAUCCGGAGAUGAGCAAGAGCGCAAGAAAGCGGCUGUGCCGGGUGCUCAACUGCCGGAGGCUGUCGGAGAAGGCGUGCUCGCACGCGGCGCAGAACGAGCUCCUCCCGCUCCGCGUCGUGGUGCAGGUGCUCUUCUUCGAGCACGCGCGGGCGGCGGCGCUGUCGGGCGCGCCCGUCGCCGGCGAGCUGCCGAGCAACAUCAAGGCGCUGCUGUCCAAGUCCGGGUCGGAGGAGGACGACGCCGACCGGGUGGACGAGCAGCGGCUCCGCGCCCUGGCGUCGGGCGCGUCCCCGGGGGACGACUGGAGCGUGGAGGGGCUCCGGCGCGCGGCGUCCAAGAUCGCCACGCUGCGCAUGAAGAUGGAGGAGGACGACGAGGACGACGAGGAGUUCGUGCGCAAGGCCGGGCUGUCGCGCAGCGCGUCGCUGCGGUUCAGGGCCUUCUGCGCUAUGCCGACGGGGAACCCGAAGCGGAUGCUCAGCAAGCUGUGGCCGCUGGGAAGAAGCAUCACCGCCGACCGGCAUUAGCAGCAUAGUACCACUAGCAGCCAGCCAGCCAUUAGGUUUUUGUAAUUUGCUUCUUCCGUCGCAUAUUUUUGUUGGGUUGUCUACCUUGCCCAAGGCCUAAGGUUGUUUUGUUUCUCUCUUCCUGUAGCUGCGAGUGAUCAUGCAUAAUUGUCAAAAUAAAUCAAAUAGGAACUGCACAGGUUACUUCUAUAUAUUGUAUACUAUUAUACC